AUGAAUUUGCAUGACGAUGCUAAUAAAUGGACUCUGGAACUACAUCGUGACGUGAUUGAGGGAUGGUUGGACAAAAACUGGUCGAGGGUCUAUGCAAGACGUAUGGACAGAGAGAAGAGUAUCUCCAGUCUACUUAUGUUCCAACUUUCGAGAAAGUCAAGAAAGACACAAAGAAUCUCCGACGCCACGAGGUCCGUAAGCACUUGCGCUUUGAAGACCACAAGCGAACUGGGCUGGAGAGGAGUUAAGGAGGGCAGGAGAGACGAUAAAGGAUCCGUGGCAGAGAGUGUGGAUGAGAUGAAGGACCUGCACGUGGUGAUAGAUGGAUGUCUCGCUGUAGCAGUCGGGAUCGUAGCAGGAAUCUGGAGUCACGAUACUUAUAUCGGUCUUAGUUGGUGCACGGCUUUGGUGUAG